AUGAAUACAGUUUACUUCGUACUAGGCGGGCUUUGGCUGGGUCUAGUUUAUUUUGCCAGUGCAGAAAAUGGAAACAUUACCGAUUUUACCGAGUACAUCGUGAAUGAGGAGUCCCAGUUCUGUGACCAGUAUUACUCAUCUUGCGCGGAGAUCAAUCCAAGCGUAAGCGGAGUGUACAAGAUCAAAGUGGGCAACGACGUCUUCGAUGUCUUUUGCGAUUCGACCAUCGCCGGAAGGGGCUGGACUGUCUUCCAGCGAAGGGUCAGUGACGAAGUAAACUUUUACCGCAAGUUUUCCUCAUAUGAAAAUGGUUUCGGUGACCUGAAUGGAAGCUUCUGGCUCGGCCUGGAUAAAUUGUACAAGAUAACGUCGUCGGAGCCCCAAGAGCUUCUCUUUAAAGUGGGAGAUGUCAACAGUCAGUACACGUUAAAAUCACUCGGAACUUACCAAGGAACCGCCGGAGAUGGCCUAGCUAACCAUCUCAACCGACCAUUUAGCACAUUCGACAAGGACAACAACAGAUGCGCCAAUUUCCGAUUGGGAGCUUGGUGGUAUAAAGAUUGCCAAAGCAGUAAUUUAAAUGCCCUUUACUUGGGCGGAGCUUUUCACAGUGAUCUGUUUGGCUGUGGUGUAAGUUGGCAUUAUUGGAGAGGUGAUGUGUAUAGCCUAAAAACUGUUAACAUGAUGGUGCGCCCAAGAGCUACAUAAGAAGAUUAGACGACAUUUACGAAUGGUUCUAUGAUUUCUAAUACAUUUUGUUGAAUUUUUAAAAUCGUAGAUAUAUAUAUGUAUACCAAAGCUUUAAUGUUUGCUAAAAGUAAAUAAAAAUUUAAUAAAACGUA